GAUAUCGGAAUCGGAACAUAGCCUUACUUGUACUUGGAAGUGUGGGCGAUUCGAUUGUGAUUUGUAAUUUGUGCCUUGUGGUCUGUGGAGUUGAUUUGAUUGCGGUUUCCAAAUUUCGUAUUUGGAAAAUACUAUUUUUACUCACAUACUAUUGAAUUCAAAAAAAUGCCGGCUGCAGCAGUAAAAUCCAGCUGGGCAGAUGAGGUCGAAUUAGAAGAUGGAGCCUUGCCCCCAUCAACUGAAGUGUUCAAGAAUGGGCUCAAGAUUUUUACUGAGUACAAAGUAGAUGAGGAUCAGAAAAAGUCUAAAAUUGUAAGAACCUACAGAGUAGAAAAACGGUUGGUUUCAAAAUCCAUCGCAUUGAGGAAAGCAUGGAAGAAAUUUGGAGAAUCUGCUUAUGACAAGCCUGGUCCUAAUCCAGCCACCACCAUUGUCGGAGAAGAUGUUUAUAUACAAUUUAUCUCAAGUAAAGAGGAAGAUAACAAACCUGACGAUGAUGGCCUCGAUAAACUGAAAGCUUUGGGUGAUAAGAAUGUGGUUAAAUGUCGUAACUGUGGAGGUGACCAUUGGACUUCAAAAUGUCCGUGGAAAGAUACAGUUUUGGCUAAAAUGCCUGAUGAUAAGAAGCCAGCUACAGGAGGAGGACCAAGUGCAGAUGGUAACAAAAUGGGUGGAUCUAAAUAUGUUCCUCCAAGCAUGAGAGAUGGUGCUGCUGCUACAGAUGGUUCCAGCAUGUCAAGGAGAGAUGACAAUUAUUCUGCAAUCCGUAUUGCUAACCUCAGUGAUUCCACUACAGAAACUGAUUUGGAAGAACUAGUCAAACCUUUUGGUCCAAUUCACAAAUUGUAUUUGGCAAAAGACAAACUAACAGGGCUUUGCAGAGGUUUUGCGUACAUUCAUUUUAAAUUUAAAAAUGAUGCUGCAAAAGCCAUUGCUAGGCUCAAUGGACAUGGUUAUGACCAUCUUAUUUUAUCUGUAGACUGGUCCAAACCUAUGAAUAAUCAGUAACAAGUUACUUUCACUUAUUUACAAUUCAAAACUUCUUUAAUUAUGACUCAAGUAAUUUGUUGUUUUUUCUGUCGCAAAUUUAAGCCAUUAAAAGAGUUUUUAAUUGUAAUGUUAAAUCAAGUUGAAAUAUAUUGUCUAUAUGAA